UUGCAGCAACCCAAAACUUUGCCUUUGCCUUUUUCCCUCAGUUUCCCCUCAGCCAUCGUCUCUCUCUCUCUCUCUCUCUCUCUCUCUCUCUCUUCGCGGUUCAAUUCCGAUCGGAGAACGAUCCUUCGGUCAUCCCAUGGCGAAGAAGAGGAAAUCCGUCGCGUCGCGCCUCGAUGAGGUGGACCGGAGCCUCUACUCCUCCUUCUGCAGCGCCGCCAACUCCCUCUCGCAACUCUACACGCAGGCCAUGAACCACCAGCGCCUCUCCUUCCAAUCCGGGGAACGUCACGCGCUGGAGAAACUCUAUCAAUGGAUUUUGAGACAGCAAGAAGAAGGAUCAAGAGUCUCCACAAUUGAUAUUAUUGCAUACUUGCAGAAUGAGCUCGACUAUGCAGCAGAUGACGCUCCAAUGUCCCCCAGGCCACCGCCUCAGCACCAAAAUUCUCAGGCAGCAGUGCAUUUAGCUAACGUUGGUGCCCCCGUUUCUUCUAACCUGUUUGCACCAGCAACAAUUCAGGGUGCUCGUUCUGGAAAUCCUGAUCACCAGGGGAAAAAUCCCGUCUUUUCGAAUGCACUUUCAAGCCCUGUGCGUCGGAGCCUCCAGCACUAUCACUUGAUGCAAGGUGGUUAUAAUGCGAACACCACAUCGUCAGGAAAUGCUGCGCGACAUAACGAAACUAACAACCCUCAUCAUCAGAUCAGGGAUAACAACCCUACUAGCUCCAAUGAUACUUCCAUGGAUAUGCAUGCGGAGAGUCCUGGUCAAGAUUCCCAUUACUGAUUAUGCAUGUGGCAAAUUCCGUGAUACAAGGGAGUUGUGAUGCUUGUCUCUUUCUAUGUUUGUGUUGGGUAGGUUUUCUUUGCUUUUUUCCUUUUCUUCUCUUAUGCUGAUAAUUGUUCAUCUGUGGGAGAGAUCUUAUAAAGAAUCCAUCUUAAUUUAAAACCCCGGUCAUGUCUAGUUUGCUUGUGCACAUAGAUGUCCAUGUUCAUAGGGUCAAUAAUAGAUCCCUGAUGCUUACUCAUAUCCUUGGUUAGCGCAAUGCAUAUUUGCUCUAAGAGUCCGUGUAAUGGAAGGUUGGAAAGAUGCGGAGUAGCGUGACUUUUCCUGAUUGCCAUUUAUAUUCACAAUUGGAUUGUUGGUUGCCUGU